AAACUCAUUCUUUCAUUCAUUAACACCUUUUUAUAUGUGUUAUGAGUCUGUUGUGGUAACACUGACAAAGGAACAGUGCAAAACAAGCCCAUACAAGUAGUUUUUAACUUAGAUCAAUGCUAACACCUGGCAGACGCUUAAUAACAGGUACACGCAAGUUGACAUCAUCCUGCGGUGGCGUCUCGAUGAUGUCACUGAAAAAGCCACGCCUCUCCAGAACGCAGCAACCGGAAAAUACCCAUUGGCUGAGGAAUGCGGCGACGUUAAGAUUGAUUCAUUUGAAGUCAGCAAAUCAUGGCUGGCUUCAGGCAGGAGGAUGUGGAGCUAUACUAUGAAAUGGGAGAGGAGUUAGGAAGUGGGCAGUUUGCUAUUGUGCGUAAAUGUAAAGAAAAGAGCACCGGAACAGAAUAUGCCGCCAAGUUUAUCAAGAAGAGACGGCUGUCAUCCAGCCGACGAGGUGUGAGCCGAGAGGAGAUCGAGCGAGAGGUGAACAUCCUUCGAGAGAUCCAGCACAGCAACAUCAUCACCCUCCAUGACAUCUUUGAGAACAAAACCGACGUGAUCCUGAUUCUGGAGCUGGUGUCUGGAGGGGAGCUGUUUGACUUCCUGGCUGAGAAGGAGUCACUGACUGAGGAGGAGGCCACACAGUUCCUCAAGCAGAUCCUGGACGGAGUUCACUACCUCCACUCGAAACGCAUAGCACACUUUGACUUGAAGCCUGAGAACAUAAUGCUGCUGGACAAAAAUGUGCCGAACCCCAGAAUCAAGCUGAUAGAUUUUGGAAUUGCUCAUCAGAUUAAAGAUGGAAAUGAAUUUAAAAACAUCUUUGGAACCCCUGAGUUUGUUGCACCGGAAAUUGUGAAUUAUGAGCCUCUUGGCCUGGAGGCAGAUAUGUGGAGCAUCGGAGUUAUCACAUAUAUACUCUUGAGUGGUGCUUCUCCGUUUCUUGGCGAGACCAAACAAGAAACACUUACCAACAUUUCAGCUGUCAACUAUGACUUUGAUGAGGAGUACUUCAGCAACACAAGUGAGCUCGCCAAGGACUUCAUUCGCCGACUGCUGGUCAAGGAUCCAAAGAAGAGAAUGACAAUCGAGGACAGUCUCCAGCACCCCUGGAUCAAGGUGAUCAAGAGGCGUAACGUUCGACCUGAGGAGAGCGAGCGCAAGACAGAUCGCAGGCGUCUGAAGACCACCCGACUGAAGGAGUACACCAUCAAAUCCCACUCCAGCAUGCCUCCCAACAACACCUACAUCAACUUCGAGCGCUUCUCGCAGGUCAUGGAGGAGAUCGCAGUGGCCGAGGAUGGCCUGCGAGAGCUGGAGAAGAACCAGCGCUCCUGCGCUGAGGACGUGGCCGCUCUGCUCUCCAUCUAUGAGGAGAAAGAAAGCUGGUACAAAGAGGAGAACGAAAGCAUCGCUGCAGAUCUCAAUCAGAUCAAACAGGAGCUGCAGAGAGCACAAGCCCUGCGCAGACAGAGCCAGGAAGAGGCCCGCGCCACCAUGCUGUCGGCCAAUGUCCUCAAACGCAAGUUUGGCCGGUUGGAGAACCGCUAUGAAGUGCUCGCUGAGCAGAUGGUCUCCGAGGUGCACUGGGUUGAAGAGCUGGUGCGCUCGAUUUCAGCUGAAAAUGACACUCGCAGCACCAGCAUGGCUUGAGCUGCUCUGUUUCCUUUUUGAACGCAGUGACUAUCUAAUAUCUUCGCUUGAUAGAGUAUUAAACUUUGCAAUAAGCUUCAUGUAAGCAUGUAGAGUUCAUGUUACUCCUAGAACAAAAGCAAUGCAAAAUGGUAUUUUCUAUAAAUACUGAGUGAGGGUGUGCAUGUGUUUCGCCUGUGCAUUGCAGUAUCCUUAUGUGAUGCCGGUCUGUUACAGCUGAAGCAAGCAUUUAGUAUUUUUAAUCGUCACCUCAAAAAUAUACAUGCUGGAUCAGUAGAUAAAAAACGAGUUUAUUUACAACUCUAUUACAGCACUCAGAGCAAAGCAUAUUAAUGUACAUUGUGAGUAAUGCACUACACAAUCCUCUAUGAGGAAUUGAAGAAUCUCAAGAUGCCAGUCGCUUUUGUUGCUCUGCAUGUCCGCUUUUCCUAUGCAAAUCGAAUUUUAAUUUUAUGAUAUGAGACAAAGGAAACGACUUCUACACUUAUGAUAGUCUUAAAUGCUGUCUUGAAUGAUCUGUACAAAUAUUGAAUAUUCAGUAAGCUGCUUCUGUAUGUAUGAAUAUGAGAAUUUAAAGGGAUAGUUCACCUAAAAACGAAAGUUUGGCGUUUACUCAUUCUCAUAACAU